CACGACAAAAAGAAGAGUAAAAGUCAAAAAGUAAAGAGAAGCACUUUGUGAGAGACAGAUAGAAGGAAGAGAGAGAGAGAGAGAGAGAAAAACCCGCGGAGGAUGAUGAUGUCCGUCGCGGCGGUAGAGCAGUUGCGCAGAAAGAAGAAGAAGAGGAGAAGGGUUGAGUCUCCAUCAUCAUCAAGUGGGUUAAUGUCUUUGCCAUAUGACAUGGUUCUAAACUGCUUGGCCCGCGUGUCUAGAUCCGACCUAGGGGCCUUAUCUCUGGUCUCAAAGAGCAUCCACUCACUGGUGGCUUCGCCGGAGAUGUACGAGACCCGAUCUCGAAUGGGUUUGAGGGAGGAGUGCAUCUACGUAUGCUUGGGAACUAAUUUUGGCACAAUUACAAAUCCUCUGGGAUGGUUCAUCCUCAGAAGAAAAGGGAAUAACCGGCUGAUCCCAAUCCCGAUCCCUUCGUUCCCAUCUCCGCGUAGAGCUACCUAUGUCUCCAUGGGAUGUGGGAUCUAUGUAAUUGGAGGAAGGAUAGAAGCCGUGACGACAUCGCGUGUCUCCUUCCUGGAUUGUCGGACUCACACGUGGAGCGAGCUCCCCUCCAUGAGGUUUGCUCGCUGUGAAGCCAACGCAGGGGUUUUAGACGGAAAGAUAUACGUCAUGGGAGGCUGCGAUGAUCCAUUCUCCCGCGACAAUCCAGAGGUUUUCGAUCCAAUGACGCAAACUUGGAGCAGUGUGUGUAUACCUGAUCCGGUGAUGAGCAAGGAGGCUUGCAGGGUUGUUGGGCCGGAUAAUAAUUAUAAUAUUUCGUUCAAGUUUCGGAGUGAAGAAGGUUUGUGGAAUGAUUUCUUUUUAAACGCAAGAGAUGAUGAUGCUUGUUGUUGUGCAAUAGACAGGUUGUUAUUCACUUGCGAUUUUGACGGGAGAAUCAAGUGGUGUGACCCUUGGAGUGGGAUGAGGAAAGGGAGCAUGGAGUGGUACACGGUGAAUGGUUUGGAUGAUCUUCGAGGCUUCCUCAAGUUUGACACUUCCAACAUAAAUUCAAUCAUUUUCGAUGGGGAGUGUGCCGAUGUGUGGAAUUGCCAUAUGCUCAAUCGUGGUUACACAAACGGCCUCCUAGGCUUAGUUCCGGGCUUCAAAAUCAGCAAAUCCGCUGGCAACAUUGUCAUCUUCUGGAGCGUGCUCGUCGGGGACAAGUUGCAGGUUUGGUGUGCCGAGAUUUCACUUGAGAGGCGGCUGCACCACAUUUGGGGGAACAUCCAGUGCACUGAUCAUGUCUUCACUGCGGACCCUGACCUCUAUAUUUUGUCUACUAUUAAUGUUAGUCUUUGAACAUACUUUUUUUUAUCGCUCUUUUAUUUACAGACUUAAUUGGUAGACACUCUUUGUUGUAGUAUCUUCUUCUUCUUCUACUUCUAUUUCAUGAAUUAUAUAUUGUGAAUGAUGGUCAA